ACUUCCGGUUGAGCGCACCCGGAAGUCAGGGAUGCGGCGUUAGCGGUCUGUGUGUGACCGUGCAUCAUCCAUAUGCUCGUUAGAUCGGCGGGUUCCGUGUAAUUCAAACGCCUUGUGCCUCUCCCGUGUAGCCAUGAUGUCUUUAGACUUCCUGGACGAUGUUCGUCGCAUGAAUAAGCGGCAGCUCUAUUACCAGGUGCUGAACUUUGGGAUGAUAGUUUCCUCUGCGCUGAUGAUCUGGAAGGGACUGAUGGUGGUCACAGGCAGCGAGAGCCCCAUUGUGGUCGUUCUCAGUGGGAGUAUGGAGCCAGCUUUCCACAGAGGAGACCUUUUGUUCCUGACCAACCGAGUAGAGGAUCCCAUCAGAGUUGGAGAGAUCGUAGUCUUCAGGAUAGAAGGCCGAGAGAUCCCAAUAGUACACAGAGUACUAAAGAUCCAUGAAAAGGAAAACGGAGACAUAAAGUUCUUGACCAAAGGCGACAACAAUGCAGUGGAUGACAGAGGCCUGUACAAGCAGGGCCAACACUGGCUGGAGAAAAAAGAUGUGGUUGGACGAGCUAGGGGGUUUGUGCCAUACAUUGGAAUUGUUACCAUCCUCAUGAACGACUACCCCAAGUUCAAAUACGCUGUCCUCUUUUUGCUGGGUCUCUUCGUGCUGGUCCAUCGGGAGUGAGGUACCCAGACUUCAGGACUCAAAAAGGAUAAACUACGUCCAGGAAACCUCAGUCAUGCCUUUCAAAACAGAAUUUAGUUACAACUUUGUCAAACCCAACUGGCUUUUUUGUACCAUUUGUUUGAACAUUUUGUAGAACUGUGGAUAGGGUGUUUACAUUGAAAAAAAAAAAGAAGCCAAGCUUUAAAAAUAUUUUUGUGAGGGAACAAGGAUAAAUUUAGUUCGAAGUUUAUCUUUAGUCCCUCAGAAUGGGAAACGGCAUUCUUAAAGGUGAAAUAAGUCUUGUUUGUUUCCUGUUGAAUCGUUUGGGGGGGAAAUGUGUGAAGUAUUUUGUGAGAACUGAAUUUGAAUGAUAUUAAAUAUGAGAUCUGGUUACCAUCUGAA